AUGACUGCCGAGAAUGGGCACAGGGAUGAGGUCUACCAGCCCAAGAACAUCCUUAUUACGGGCGGUGCAGGGUUCAUUGCUAGCUGGGUGGUCAUCAAGCUGGUGAAGCAGCGGCCGGAGUGCAAGGUGGGCAGCCGCGUGACGCUGGGGGUGGUUGGCGCGGUGAUAGUGCUGGACAAGCUCGAUUACUGUGCCACCCUGAACAACCUGGCGGCAGUGCGUGACCUGCCCAACUUCAAGUUCAUCAAGGGCGACAUCCAGUCCUCGGACCUGGUGGUGCACAUCCUGGAGCAGGAGCAGAUCGACACGGUGAUGCACUUUGCGGCGCAGACGCACGUGGACAACAGCUUUGGCAACUCCAUGGCCUUCACCAUGAACAACACCUACGGCACGCACGUGCUGCUGGAGUGCUCGCGGCUGUACGGCAAGGUCCAGCGCUUCAUCAACGUGUCCACCGAUGAGGUGUACGGCGAGAGCAGCCUGGGCAAGACGGAGGGCCUGAAGGAGCACAGCCCGCUGGAGCCCACCAACCCCUACUCGGCGGCCAAGGCGGGGGCGGAGAUGAUGGCGCGCGCCUACCACACCUCCUACAAGCUCCCCGUCAUCGUGACGCGCGGCAACAACGUGUACGGCCCGCACCAGUUCCCCGAGAAGAUGAUCCCCAAGUUCACGCUGCGCGCCAACCGCGGCCUGGAUCUGCCCAUCCACGGCGACGGCCUGGCUGUGCGGUCGUACCUGUAUGUGGAGGAUGUGGCGGACGCGUACAUCACCGUACUGCUCAAGGGCGUGGUGGGGGAGACGUACAACAUCGGCACGCAGAAGGAGCGCAGCGUGGUGGACGUGGCCGCCGACAUCUGCAAGAUGUUCAGCCUGGACCCCGCCACGCACAUCAAGCACGUCAAGGACCGCGCAUUCAACGACCGCCGCUACUUCAUCUGCGACCAGAAGCUGCUUGCCCUGGGGUGGCAGGAGACGACCCCCUGGGAGGAGGGCCUGCGCAAGACCAUCGACUGGUACCUCAAGCACGCCAACCGGGAAUACUGGAGCCACGGCGACAUGGAGCUGGCGCUGGAUGCGCACCCCACGCUGCAGCUGCCCUCCUUUGGCAGCACCGUGUUCCCCUCGGCGCACUAG